AUGGGAAUAAAAAUUGUGGUUUUAGCAUUUUUGAUUUUAGGUCUUGUUUUUCCAUAAGAUUAGCAAAAGAAAGAUAAUGGGAUUCUAACUUCAUUUUUGCAGCUUAAAGAAAAGCUAUCAUAGUCAUCUAAAUUUUUAGCUUUUGUAGUGAUCGCAGGAAAGUCAUGCGAAAAUUGUGAAAAAGCCCUUUUCAUAUUUUAAUAAUAUAAAAUGAACAUGGAAGGUUAUGUAAAUAGCUACUUUAUGGAUUGUGAUUAGAUGUGGGAUUAAGUAUUUGAAAGAGAGCAUUUUGCAGCUUGUGAUCCUAAAAAUUCUAAUAUUUGGCCAAUAGUUUAGUUUUUUAAGCCUCCAGCUGAAGAUUAUGAUCCAAGUGGUGAUGAUACUUCAAGCAAACGUUAGCCAGAAGUAAUUCAAUACAAAGAUGUUUUUUAAGAAAACAGAUUAAUUGACUAUUCUAAAGCAAUCAUGCCUUUAUUUGCUUAUGAAGUGAGAACUGAACAAGAUAUUUAAAAGUAAUUGGAAAAUAAAACUUUACAAAAUAAAAUAAUGCUCUUUAUAAAGGAAAAUGAAGAAAUUCCUUAUUACUUUAAGGCUUUAACUUCUCACUUUAGAUAUAAAAUUCAUUUUUGUGUUGUGAAAGCUGACCAAGAAUUGCUUGACCAGUACAAAAUAGAGGAUACACCAACAAUCUUAGCUUUUAGAUUUAUUAGACAGAAGCAAAGCUAUAAGCAAGAAAUAUAUGUGGGUCCUAAAAGAAUUUAGUCUGCAAUAACCUUUUUUAAAAAAUACUCUUCUGGUGUUGAAAAAAAAGAUAUUAAUUUAACUUAUAAGCCUAAAACAGAAAGUAGAAAGUAUAACAUAACUAUGAUACACCAAUUCAAAGAUAUUCCUUAAUAUUUUAAUAGCGAUUAGGGAGUUUUACUUUAUUUAAUUACUGACUAAACAUCUACAGAUGAUAUAUCCUUUGAAACUCUAUAAUAGAUUCAUAAAUAUUCAUCAUUUAUAGAAUAUUUUAAAACUUAUGUUGAUUCUAUCUUAAUUUACAAGUACUAUCAAAAUCAAUUGGAAGUUGAAUAAGAAGAAUUCUUUAAUUUAAAUAAACUAAAUCUUUAAGAAGACCAUCUUUUAUUCUAUCCUACUGGAAUUAAGAAUUUAAAUUCUUUCUUUAAAGUGAGAGCUAAACUUUCUAAAAAAUAAAUGAUAUCUGAGAUAUUUUCUCUGAUGGAAAAUAAAGAGGAUCUACUAGAUGAAGAAGCAAUAUAGCAUUACAUAAAGCAUGCAAUUAGUACCAAUAGAAUAGCAACAAGUCUCUUUAUAGACACCAAGGAUAAAUAAUCUUCUGAAUUGCUUUUUGUAUUUAGAUAUCUGUCAAAUUAAAAAAAAUUUAGAGACUGUUCAAGUUUUGGAGUUUAUAAAGACAUAACCAAAGAAUAUCAAAAACAUUGGUAGAUUGACAAUCUUCCUUUUAUCGUAUCUUUCUUGCAUAAUAUAGGAGAUAAUAAUUAACUUCAAACAGCUGUUUAUGACUCUGCACCUGAUUUUUCUUAUCUAGCUUUGCAUAAUUAUCUAAGUUAGCUGUGUUUCUCUAAAGAAAAGGAGAAAAUAGAAUCAGUUUUAAUUGCUGAAACAAAUAAUUAACAAAACUUUGAUAAGUAUUGUGGAAAUGGAGAAGAAUGCUUUAUUGCUUUCUUGGAUUACUCUCGUGAAAAUAAAUUUAAGAUAGAAUUGGAUCUUUUUAAAACUUUAUCAGAAAAGUUUAGGAACCAAAAGGCAGUAAAUUGGGUGUAUAUCGACGGUAGAUGCCAUAAACAACUUUUAAAAAGAAUCAAUCUUUCCGAUUAAGAUAUGCCAUAUCUUUUGUAUUACAACUCUAAAAGUUGGAAAUAUAAAAUUAUGGAAGAAAGCUUCGUUUUCUAGAAUAUGUUAGGAUUCACACAAAAGUUUAUGAGCAAAAAAAAUAAAAAAGCUGGACUAUUAAAGCUUUAGGAUGCUAUUGAUAUAGAUGAAAAGGAUUGUGAGCUUCAGAGAUAAAAAAAGUAUGAUCUCUGA